GUAAUUUUGUAUGCAGACAGUUAGAGAAAAAGAGAUAGCAAGGAGAAAAAAUUAAAGUAUAAAUGUAGAUGUGAUGUUUGACAUUGCGUCCUCUUGUUAAUAUUUUGUAGUUUUGUCAUUACACAUUUAGCGUAUAAUAUAUUUAUCAUAUAUAAAAUAGAGAAAUCUAUUAAAAUAUUCAGUUUACUAUGAAAGAUAGGUUAUGAGUAACAACGAAGAAAGUAACGCAAACGAUAAUACGAUAGAGGAUCAGAAUGACGUUUCGCCACCAAAACGAGCUAGAGAUGCAUCUUUCCAGUCUGCUUUCAGUAACUUGAAAAAGUCCGAGUUCUUUAGUGAGAAAUUGCCAGUUUCUAAUCCUGAAAAUUCCACACCAUCAACUUCCAGCAGAACUAAUUCUGUUCUCGUCAGUCCAAAGCAGAAAGGAAAUCCAUUAUUGAAGUUUGUAAUAAAUGUACCAUGGGAGUACUCGGAUAUUGUACCAGACUAUGUGAUGGGGAAAACUACAUGUGCUCUUUUCUUAUCAAUUCGUUAUCAUCAACUGAAUCCUGAUUACAUUCACGAAAGACUCAAAUUGCUGGGCAAUGCUUACAACUUGCGAGUGCUCCUAGUACAGGUUGAUGUCGCUGAUCCUCAUCAUGCUAUAAAACAUCUCACAAGAAUUUCGAUUCUGGCCGAUAUGACAAUAAUGUUGGCUUGGAGCGCGGAAGACGCAGGAAAAAUUAUUGAAACUUACAAAAGAUACGAAAUCAAACCGGCUGACGAUAUUAUGGAACGCAGCAAUACGGCUCCUCAUCAAAAGUUGGUCAGCGCUUUAACAACAGUAAGAUCGGUCAAUAAAACCGAUGCGACAACUCUUCUAACAACUUUUGGCACAUUGAGCGACAUUAUAAGAGCGCAACCGAAUACCUUAGCCUUGUGUCCCGGAUUUGGUCUGCAUAAGGCUCAAAAACUUUACAAAGUUUUGCAUGAACCCUUUUUACGCGCAAAAUCGACAAAAUAAAUAAAACAAAUCUCGUCUACAUAGGGUGUUUUACAAUUACUGUGCUGUGAUUUAACAAGCAUUAUUUAUUAAUUCUGCGACAUUGAUUGAUUGAUUACUUGCUUAUUGAAUACAAUCAAUUCGAUGUUAUUUACAUGUAAUUUGUAAAAAUACAGAGUUACAGAAUUCUCGAUUACAUUUGUACAAUAAAAUUGUCUUGCAAAAUGUUA